AUGACAGAUUGUAAACGGAAAGAAAUCAAAAUAGCAGGAUAGCAUACCCUACAAAAAUACACAUAAUCUUGGUUGUCUGAAACCUUUAAAACAUUAGACAGACUGUUUUCUAUCAUUCUAUGUUACUAGAGUAGUUUAUUUUUUAUCCACCUCAAACCCACUUUCUCCCACUCUUCAUUCCCACAUUCUUCUUCAUCAUUUCUUUUCAACCCUCCUUUUAUUUAAACCUCCUUCUUUCCCUCUUCUCUUUCACAUUCUUUAUUCAACUGUCUUUCUUUCUUUCUCUUUUGUUUCUGUAAUCCAGUUAAACUGAUAAUCAUGGCUGAAGAAACAGCUAAUCAAACCACCGUUACACCAACUCCAAAUGAGCAAGAAGUUGUUGUAGUAACAGAUGAUUCAAUUAACGAUGUCGUAGCGAAGUACGAGGAUAAGGAUGAGAAGGAGAAGGAGAAGGAGAAGGAGAAGGAGAAGGAGAAGGAGGAGGUAGUUACUGAAACUAAGGCUGUUGUUGAGGAUGUUACCGCCUCGAAUGAGAAGGAGAAGGAGGAGGUAACUACUACUGAUAUGAAGGUUGCUGAUGUUGUUAUUGCUGAUAGUAAUGUUAACGAUGAGAUAAGUAAGGAUGAUAAUGGGUUAUAUCCUGAGAAUGAGAAGAAAGCAUUGGAUGAGCUUAAGCAGCUUAUCCAAAAUGCUCUUAAUAACCAUGAAUUUAGUUAUGCUACUCUACCACCGCCACCGCCGCAAUCGCUUGUAGAAGAGGGUCCUAUUGUGGUUGAUGAAGAGGUUGAGAAGAAGGCGGUUGAUGAAGAAGGGGUUAAGGAGGCUGAGGCCACCAAGGAGACAUUGGCUAAAGUUAGUGUAAACGAGGAUGGGACAAAGACUGUGGAGGCUAUUGAGGAGACAGUGACUUUCGAAGAGCAGCAGACGACUCCUGAUGACUCGACUCAGGAGUCGUCUGCUGCGGUGUCUUCACCUCUUGCUGAUGCUGAGCAAGAGGUGAAGACACCAACGGAGGCAGUAAAGGAAGUAGCCGCUUCCUUACUGCCUCCGGAGGAGGUGUCCAUAUGGGGCGUACCCCUCCUCAAGGACGAAAGGACAGACACCAUCCUCUGGAAGUUCCUGCGUGCCAGGGACUUCAAAGUGGUUGAAGCCUUCGCCAUGAUCAAAUCCACCAUUAAGUGGAGGAAAGAGUUCAAAAUCGACGAAUUGCUCGAGGAAGACUUGGGGAAUGAUCUAGAGAAGGCGGUGUUCAUGCACGGGUUUAGCAAAGAAGGUCACCCUGUGUGUUACAAUGUUUAUGGUGCAUUCCAAAACAAGGAAUUGUAUCAGAAAACAUUUUCUGAUGAAGAAAAAAGGCAGAAAUUCCUGAAAUGGAGGAUUCAAUUCUUGGAGAAAAGUAUCAGAAAGUUGGAUUUUAGUCAUGGAGGUAUUUCAACAAUGGUUCAAGUUAAUGAUCUUAAGAAUUCUCCUGGACCUGGUAAAUGGGAGCUUAGACAAGCUACAAAACAAGCUCUACAAUUGCUGCAGGAUAAUUACCCUGAAUUUGUUGCCAAACAGGUGUUUAUCAAUGUGCCAUGGUGGUAUGUGGCAGUCAACAAGAUGAUAAGUCCCUUUUUGACUCAGAGAACAAAGAGCAAGUUUGUUGUUGCUGGACCUUCUAAAUCUGCUGAAACUCUUUUCUGCUACAUUGCUCCGGAGCAAGUACCGGUUCAAUAUGGUGGAUUUAGUAAAGAUGGAGAAUUUGGAAGCAAAGAUGGUGCAACACAAAUUAUUGUCAAGCCAACAUGCAAGGAAACUGUGGAAUUUGAUGUUACUGAGGCAUGCCAUCUAACAUGGGAGGUGAGAGUGCUUGGAUGGGAAGUAAGCUAUGGUGCUGAAUUUGUGCCCAAUGCUAAAGAUAAUUACACUGUUAUUAUACAAAAAAUGAGGAAAGUGGGACCCACUGAAGAAACCAUAAUUAGCAACACCUUCAAGACUAGUGAGCCUGGCAAAAUUGUUUUAACCAUUGAUAAUUCAUCCUCUAAGAAGAAAAGACUUCUUUAUCGCCUUAAAACCAAGCCUUCUAUUGAUGACUAAACAACGGCUUAUUAUAUAUUAUUUUAUUUUGAUUAACUUUGAGAAAUGCCCUUUUUUUCAAGUAUUCAUUUAGUUGUAUUUUAUUAUGAAUUUUAUGAUAAUUAUUGUUAAUAUAUAUUAUUUUGGUUGUGAAGAAGGGUGUAUGGUUUAUGUUAUUGGAAUAUAUUUUUAUUAAUUUGA